UCCAAAUGAUCAGUUAUUGUUGGUCAAUCAAUAAGAACGGUUGACUUUUUUUUGAAAAUAAAUUUGUUGGAUUGUGUUAAAAAAAACGUUAAAAGAAAUAUAAUAAAUAAUUUUAAGAAUUUAAAGAUGACCGACACGAAUUCCACAUCUAAAGAUAAAUCGAAUUCGGUUGUUUCAUUAACCGAUUUUCACUCAAGAACAAAUCUCACAGAGAAAGGUCAAGCAUUCGAUGAAUAUGAUCCCUUUGCACAUCGUGAUCAAGAAAAUGGCAGUUCCACUGGUGGAGCAUUGGCUCAUUUAUUAAAGAGUUCAUUGGGUACCGGUAUUUUAGCUAUGCCUAUGGCUUUUUACAAUGCUGGUCUUGUAUUCGGUAUGAUCGGUACCUUAAUCGUUGGUUUCCUUUGUACAUAUUGUGUUCAUAUAUUGGUAAGAACUUCACACAAUAUUUGCCGAGAUGCUCGUGUGCCGUGUUUAAGUUUUUCCGAAACAGCCGAGAAAGUAUUCGAAUAUGGUCCAAAGCCACUAAGACCAUGGUCAAAUUUUGCCAAACAAUUCGUUGAUGGCUCUCUAAUGGCCACCUACUAUGCUGCUGCCUGUGUUUAUAUCGUCUUUAUUGCCACCUCAUUCCAUGAUGUCAUCAACUAUGAUUUCGGUCUAAAAUGGGAUGUACGUAUUUAUAUUGCAAUGACUCUAGUGCCCUGUCUAUUCAUUGGCCAGAUACGCAAUCUAAAAUGGCUGGUUCCAUUUUCUGCCCUGGCUAAUCUUUUUAUUGUCAUCACUUUCGGCAUAACGCUCUACUAUAUGUUCAAUGUACCUUUGGUGGUCAGUGAUAAACCAUAUAUUGCUAAGGCAUCACAAAUUCCACUCUUCUUUGCUACUGUCAUCUUUGCCAUGGAAGGUAUUGGUGUAGUUAUGCCUGUGGAGAAUUCGAUGAAGAAACCACAGCAGUUUUUGGGUUGUCCUGGUGUUUUGAAUACGGCCAUGAUAACGGUCGUCUCGUUGUAUGCCAUCAUUGGUUUCUUCGGUUAUAUUCGUUUUGGCAGUGAAGUUCGUGGCAGUAUUACAUUGAAUUUACCCGAUGGUGCACCAUUGGCCGAUGCCGCUAAACUUUUAAUGGCCGUUGCUAUUCUCUUCACCUACGGCUUACAGUUCUAUGUGCCCAAUGAAAUUUUAUGGAAAAAGAUCAGUCACAAAUUCGAUCCCAAGAAUCACAAUAUUUCACAAAUUCUCCUGAGAACCGGUAUUAUUUUAAUAAGUGGUGGUGUUGCUGCAGCCAUACCCGAUUUGGAACCCUUCAUUAGUUUAGUAGGAGCUGUUUUCUUUUCGCUACUGGGUAUUUUUGUACCCAGUUUUGUGGAGACCGUUUACUUGUGGCCCAACAUGGGUUGGGGCAAAUGGAAAUUGAUUAAAAAUGUUUUAUUAUGCAUUUUAGCCAUAUGUGCUUUGGUAGCUGGUGCUACUGUCAGUAUUGAUGAAAUUGUUAAUAUGUACAAAUAAUUUGUUCAAGUUUUAACAUUAAGGAUACACCAACAACUCCCCUCCCACUACUACUCGUUAAUUUAGUUAAUACAUUUUAUGCAUAAAGUUUUGUUCGAAAGUAAGCUGGUCUUGCCAGUAAGUUGGAAUUGAUAAUGUUUUUUUUUAGUUUAGUUUAAUUAAAAAAUAAUAAUAAUCAAAAUACCCAUAAGAAAUUUUAAUUUUGUUUUAAAUUGUUGAAUUUUGUUGGAAAGUAAAAGUUUUUAAAUUUCAAUCAUUUUAUUUAGAAUAUUUAUUAAGUUCUAUUUUUUCUCUAGACUGCUUGUAAAUGUAUUUGUAUUUUAUUUGUAAGUUUUAAUUUUAAGAAAAACAAAGUUUUUAACAUAAAUUGUUAAUUAUGUGACAAAGUGCUUUCAUACUAAAUAAGAAUUUACUAUUUAAGUAUUUUAUGGUAAGAUUAAUAAAAACAAAAUGAAAAUUUUAUACAAAAAAAAAGAAAUGUUUAAAAAAAAUAAAUAAGUACAAAUGUACUUGAAAAUUUAACACA